UUUUUUUUUCCCUUGUCACUCUUUUCAGCUGGCAUUGCAUGGAAUGCACAAAUAAAAUCACAAUGAGCAAGGAAGGUAGUUUGAAGGAAACCUCCUCAGCGGAGACGCGUGUUUCGCAGACACAGAUCACCUCCGAGAAACAGGUGGAGCCAUUCGAGUCCUCGAAUCUGGACUCGACAGUCUCUGCUAAACUUGAAGAAAAAGAUGUGACGGAGGCUACCCCGGAAGAGAUAGAGGACGAAGAGACGGAGUAUCCAGCCAAAUGGAGACUUGCCCUGAUCACCAUUGCGUUAUGUCUAUCGGUCUUCUGCAUGGCCUUGGAUAAUACAAUUAUUGCUACUGCAAUCCCUCGAAUCACGGAUCAAUUUCACGCCCUGGAUGAUGUGGGUUGGUAUGGAGCUGCUUACCUGCUCACGACCAGUUCGUUGCAACUCAUCUUUGGAAAGCUAUACUCUUUCUAUUCGAUCAAGUGGAUCUAUCUGACGGCGCUCUUCAUCUUCGAGCUUGGCUCCUUCGUCUGUGGUAUCACCCCCAACUCGACUGGACUGAUCCUGGGCCGAGCAGUGGCUGGAAUCGGAUCUGCUGGCAUCUUUUCUGGGGCCGUCUUGAUUGUCAGUCGGACGGUGCCACUGGCACAGCGCCCUGCCUAUAUGGGUCUGUUAGGAGCCAUGUAUGGUAUUGCUUCGGUGGCAGGACCUUUGAUGGGAGGUGCGUUUACCGAUCACGUCACAUGGCGCUGGUGUUUCUACAUCAACCUGCCUUUUGGGUUGGUAACGGCAAUCUUCAUCGUUUUCUUCUUCACCCCCCCAGGGAAACAGAACAAGCUUAAUAUAUCGCUUCUGGAGCAACUGCGCCAGAUGGAUCUCGAAGGCACCGCUCUCUUCAUCCCCGGGGUGGUUUGUCUCCUGCUCGCUCUGCAAUGGGGAGGUACAACAUACCCCUGGAGGAGUGGGCGGAUUAUUGCGCUGUUUAUCGUCUUUGGGAUCUUGAUCAUCGGCUUCAUCUGGGUCCAGAUCUGGAAGCAGGAACGAGCCACAGUUCCUCCCCGGGUGUUCAAAAACCGCAACGUCUGGGGUAGCGCGAUAUUCGGUGCUUUCUUGGGAUCGGCCUUCUUCGUGAUGGUUUACUACAUCCCUAUCUGGUUCCAAGCGAUCAAGGCCGCGUCGGCAGUCAAGUCCGGAAUCAUGAACCUCCCCAUGAUUCUCUCUCUCGUCAUUAUGUCCAUGAUCGCCGGAGGAGUCGUUACCAUGGUCGGCUACUACACGCCCUUCAUGCUGGUCUCAUCGGUUCUCAUGAGUAUUGGCGCUGGCAUGAUCUCCACAUUCAAGGUCGACAGUGGCUCUUCGGUGUGGAUUGGAUACCAGAUUCUCUUCGGCUUUGGCGUCGGCAGCGGCAUGCAGCAGACGAUGGUUGCGGUUCAGGCGUCGCUUCCCGCGGCCGACAUCCCCAUUGGCACUGCGAUCAUGAUGUUUAGCCAAACGUUGGGCGGGGCCCUGUUUAUCGCCGUUGCGCAGAAUAUCUUCCAGAAUCAACUGGUGUCUCAGAUUGUCGCGAGUCACGUCCAGGGCCUCGACCCCCAGACUAUUAUCGACACCGGCGCCACCCAGAUCCAAACGCUGAUCGCGAAGCAGUACCUGCCUGUCGUGUUGGAGGCUUACAAUGCUGCGUUGACACAUACAUAUUACGUGGCGGUUGCCAUGGCGUCCCUGUCUAUUUUCGGUGCUCUUUGCGUGGAGUGGAGGUCAGUUAAGGGCAAGAAGAUUGAGAUGGCCGUUGCUUAAAGCUUCACUCUCUUCCCCCCCCCUCUACUCUGGAUUAGAAAGAAACAGGGUUCCUUCUUUUUUCUCCUCUGUAUUCCUUUGAAUUUACAAUAUCACCUCUCUCUCCUCGUACAUAAUACCAAUAUUCAUUCAUUGCCAACAUCCAGAGCAGCAUCCACGAGAGAAGGAACCAUAAUUAGAAUAUAUAGAGAUAAUCCUAAUGCAAAAGAAUCAACGCCGAUA